UGUGUCUUGUGUUGUGUGGCUAGAGUAAAUUUCAGGAAACAUUACAGUGAGCUUACUUGGUAGUCCAAGAAGCAGAUAAAAAGGUGCUAAUUCUUCCGUUUUAUUCUGCACCAUGCAGACACUACUGUUUGUGUUUUUAUUUCUUCUGAUACCUGCUUCAGCACCAGCAAAGAAAGACGAUGACGAGGAUUGGGUUAAACUACCCAAUAAAUGUGAAGUGUGCAAGUACGUCACGGUCGAAAUGAAAUCUGCAUUUGAAGAAACAGGAAAAACCAAAGAAGUGAUUGACACAAAGUAUGACUACAUGGAGGAAAAAAAGGGGAUUCCGAUAAAAUAUGUCAAAUCUGAUAUCAGAUUCAUAGAAGUAAUGGAGACAAUUUGUCAGAGGCUCAUGCAUUAUAAUUUGCACAAAGAAAGAACAGGAAGCAACCGAUUUGCAAAGGGAAUGGCGGAGACGUUCCAGACGUUACACAAUUUAGUGCACAAGGGAGUGAAGGUGGUGAUGGACAUCCCGUAUGAACUGUGGAACGAGACGUCUGCGGAGGUAGCAGACCUGAAGAAGCAGUGUGAUGUGAUGGUGGAGAAGUAUGAAGAUGUCAUUGAAGACUGGUAUAGGAAACAUCAGGAUGAGGAUCUCACCACUUACCUGUGUGAAAAGCAUGUACUGAAGGGGGAAAACCAAGAGUGCUUGAAAGAAGUUUGGACUCCAAAAAAGGGCGAAACAGCAGCUAUUGAUGAAAAGAAGAAAAAGAAGAAAGGAACAAAUAAUGACAAGGAGAACAACAAAAAGAAGAGCAAGGGAAGGAAAAAGAAGACGAGUGAACUGGAGACUGAGAGAAGGGACAGAGCAGAGGAUUUUACAUCUGACGAAGACAUCCAGAAAAAGGUCCCCCUCACCCAUGAUAAAAGUGAUCUAUGAGAGAGACGCAAGGAUCCAAUGUGCUGUGGACUGGCUCCUUAAUACAGUACCAGGCAAAAUGUGCACCACUUUUCACAAUGGAAUGAAGACCACUUAAUCCGUGUGAUUCAGGCCCCAAAAAGUUUGGCAUUGCUUUCAGGAAAAGUGAUGCACAUUUUUACUGUAGGAAAAUACUUUAAAAAAUGAAUGUGGCUGACAUACUUCAUUUGGAACACUGGAAUCUCUGUAAGUGUAAGGAAGGAUUGAAAUUUUCUGUGUUUUUUAUCAGUUUCCAUAGUCCACUCUGAGUGCCACUCAAUACAAUUGGAGGGAAUUGAUUAUCUUAUCUGUACAGCGGUCUGUGUGCAUUUGAGAUGUAAAGCUAUAUAACAAAUUGAUCCCACAAUGUUUUGGCAUAAACUGCUGUACAGGUAUCAAAACUAGACAUUAACAACUCAUAAGUGUGUUUGGCAUUGGAGAAUAAAACCUUUUGCAUGUCAGUGGAAGUCAAACUAACCCUCUGAUUACAUUUAAAUGACGGUGCCCUCUCCUAUCAUUUAAAUUCAAAUUGUCUUCUCAGGUGAGUGAAGUAUAAGAAGACGUUGGCUAACGUCAUUUCCUUGGAGUUCUCCUUGGGUUUAUGAUUCAGUGUUUGAGGUUAUGGAGCCACGAUUUUACGAGGCAGCCAAAAGAAGGGUUUAUUUUAAAUAAAUGUUAUUCAUCUUUAGCCUGUUUCACUUUUCUAAUUGUUAGCCUGUGGGACAGUUUGUUUUUGUGUCCCCUGUACAUCAAGGCAAUAUACAGAUUUUACAAGUACAAGCUGUAGUUCCACUCAUUUAAAACAUUUUUUUAACUGUUUCUUCUUGCUGUCUAAUCACUUCCUGUGCAGUACAUCACAUGACCUGAUUGCAACUCGGCCUUGGAGUGAAACUGAACUACAACACAGGAAGUUGUUGUGCACCAGGAAAUAGCAGCAACUUUUACUUCUUAGUGUUAUCUUUGACAAAUCUGCAUAAGCAAAGAACCUGUCGAUUUUCAUCAGAAAUAAAUUGGAACUAGUCAUAAUAUUGAUAUUUCUUGUAAAAGGCAUGAAAAUUGAUAUCGACCAGUAAUGUGUCAAACUGCACAGGCAUGGCCAGUACCACUAGGGGGUGCUGUGGGUUAAUGCAAUAGCCUUUCACCUCUGGGGGCUUGAAGGUUUGAAUCCAGCUCGGCUCACAAAUCAAAUCUGGUUGAUGGGUUUAACUUAGUCUGACUCACAAAGCUACCACGCAAUGUGGCACACAGAUGUUCAGGUCAUGAUUAUCAGGGUACACUGGUGAAACGGGGCUCAGGGUAUCAAUAUAAGUAGAAUAAGCUUGAUGCAGUUUGACACAUUUUUGAGGAACUCUAAAAUGAAUGUGUGUAAAUAUGUUGGACAACAAAAGAGUUUUUAGGCGAUACCUUUAAAUAGGAUCAGCUGAAUCCGGACAUAAAACCGUUCGCCUUUGAGACCACAGAGUGUACUCUUGAGGUGAGAAGUGAAGCAAGCUGGUUUGAGUUUAUCAUCAGGGCAAGGAGAAGUAUUGUAUUCCUUCUGACAAAUGAAGGUUAAGAAUUUCUCAUCUCUCUGCUAGGGGGGUUACGGAUUGUAGCAUUCAGUGUAACGAGAAUUCCAAAAACAGCUGAUGAAUGGCAGGCUUGAUUUCCCCAGUUAAUUAAAAUAUGUGAUCUGCUACCCAUUACUGAAAUAUGUGUCCCAGCAUUGCACGAUUCAGGAUUCUAAAAUGUCUUUAAAUUUAUAUAUUUUGUGCUAUAUCAAAUUACAUUUACAUAUUCUGUUUUAUCAGGCUGGUAAUAGACAAACCGCUACUGUCUGCAAAUUCAAUUUUUUUUUUAAUUGUCUGUAGGAAGCGUUUAUUAGGCUCUUUUUGCUUCUGUGUGAAUUUGGUUUUGACGGAUGGAUGUUUUCGGAUUUUUACUUUUUUCUAUGUUAACGUGUGAAUUUGGGUUUGUUAAAAUAUAGCAACUGGGUGUAGGCAUGAAAUGCCACGGUCAUCUGAGUACAUCCUUCUUGCUUUAAAUUUAUUUCUAGUAUAGUGUUUCAGUCAUCACAUCCCGAUGCUUUUUAAAACCCUGAAGUUAAAAGCAUCCCAUGGCCUCAAUAGAGUUCUCAAUCAUGUGUACAUGUAAGUACUGCUAGUCAAGCAGAGUUUAACCAGUAACCUGGAACCUCUGCAACACUGCCCUCGGUGGAUAAAUCAUUAAUCAUCAGUCAUUAAGGAAUUCCACCCAACACUGGUGUGAUUCUAAACAGCAAGAUGAAUGUUAGAUAAGUCUUUUCCAGGCCUGUACCCAGUUGUGUUACUGUAUUGAAGAUUUGAUCCUGUUUAUUAGAUUAUCUGUGAUUUAAAUGUUCAUACCACUCAUGUGGCUGAAUUACCAUUAGUUAUUUUUAUGUUACGUCAUGAAAAGUUAGUGGCAGGAUCUUCUUUGUCAUUAUGACAUCCUGCACCACAAAUACAUUCUAUUGCUACUGCGUAUGAUUUCAAACAAACAUUGUUAUAUAUUGUUAUACACAAAUAGAUUCUUAUUCUGUGCUGUAAGCAUUCGUGGCAUAAACAAGAUAUAUCAUGAAAACUCAUGACUUGCGUAAACGACAUAAACUUAUUUAUAUUAACAAACUCGCCCGAUGGUACGUUUUGUAGCCACGCCCAUUACAUAAAUACUCUUUCCAUCAGAAUUAAUCUAUUAAACCGUAUGAAAUCUUCCAACAUAUUAUUAUUAGUGCAUGUAUUUAAAGUUUGUUUUAUUUCAUUAGCUGAAGUUUAAUAUUCAUGAAACUUGUCUAGACGGUUGUUCGCUUUGAUUACAGUGGUACAAAUGUAUUUGCAUUAUUAGAUCUUGCACUGGCCCUGUAUAUAUGCCCUGUGAAGCAGUAUUUUUAUAAAGAGAUUUUAUUUACAAUGCAGUGACAAAUAUUCACAUCACACCCCGUUUACUUUGAAAUGUAACAUAUUGCUUUAAGGUGGGAUACUUUAGUGGUAUUGCAUGUUUAAACAGUACUGUCUACAUGCAAAAUAAUGUGUUUCAUCUCAUUAAUAGUACAGUAGACUCUUGCUAAUCCAAAUGCUGCUAGUCAUAACUGUUCCAUAAUCCAUACUGUACCAUGCUAUUGUAAGUGAAUGCAAAGUAAUUCAUGGUCAUUUUAAACAGAAGUACGGUAGUUUUCGUAAGAGGAGAUUGAAGCUGAUGCUGAUUUUAAGUGAUUCUUUGUAAUAUUUGCUAAUUUCUUUACAUCAUUUAUAAACACACAGUCUCCUGUAAUUUCUGUCAAUGUGUAGUAAUUAUUAAGAAAAACUUAAAAUAAUUUGUCCUUUUUUUUAGUUUAGUGAGUUUUUCUGGUUUUUUUUUUUUUAUUCUAGAAGUUUUUCACUAUAUAUUUCAGUUUCCUAAGUGUUUUGCUUGUGUAUGCUAAAUAUUUGCUGCUCCUUUCCGUGGUUAACGUUAGUCACAACAUUGCCCUACAGUAUUGCUAUUUACCAAUGCUUUCACUGUGCUUUACUACAUUUUGCUGUGCCUUUCCCAUCUUAUACUGUUCCACACAGGGUUUUAAGUAUACUUGUAAUGCAGUAAUUGCAAAUGUUUUAGUUUCUUUCUUUUUGAACCCAUAACGGUACAAGGAUGGCUUCAAGAAACGGGUUCAUCAAUUAAAGUACACUUUGUAAAGAA